AUUCGAGAUCCAUGACGUCGGACCGCCAUGACCGAGCAGCUGCAAGUGGGACUCGGGACCACCAGAAACGACCUUGCUUGAGGGUUUUUGAUGAUAAUCGAUAGUGUGUCUUACCACCAUGUCCAGUACUUUGUUUGCCCAACUUCGCUCGCAGCUUACAGUCGAUGUCGAUUCUAUGGAUCCUGCUGUCGCUGCUCGACAUACGACUCAGGAUGCACGGUUUUGUGAUAUGACAUCCAAUCAGGCCAUUGUAUACAAUGAGGCAUCACGAUCUGAACGGGCAGCGCUGCUACAUGCUGCCUGCGAGCAAGCUCAAGCGUCUGGCGUUGACCUUGAGCAGCAAGUCAUAGAUGCAUUGGAUCUCUUAUCUGUCCUAUUGGCUAAGGAAGUCUUCCCGCACCUUACUGGUCGCGUCCAUCUGCAAACAUCGCCAUCUACAGCAUAUGACACCGAGAAGACCAUCGCGCAUGCGAAGCGGCUCGUGACGCUCUUUGAGGCCCAUGGCAUACCCAAGUCCCGGGUGUGUAUCAAGAUCCCCAUCACUCCUGAAUCGAUCAUCGCUUGUCAAUAUCUCGAGAAACUCGGUAUUCGGACUCUUGGUACUUGUCUUUUCAGUCUUCCUCAAGCUCUAGCUGCCAGUCAAGCUGGAUGUCUCUAUGUCGCACCGUAUUUCAAUGAGCUUCGUGUACAUUUUGAACCAGCACUGUGGAAGGAGUACUCGGAUACCAUCAAGGAACAUCCAGCGAUCCCCGUUAUACGUUUAGUCAUAGCGGCGUACUCACAGCUUGGUUCGAAAACGCUGGUCAUGCCUGCAAGUAUCGUCACUGCAGAAGAGGUCGUCGCCUUGGCGUCUCUUCGUCCUCAUCAUCUGACACUAUCAGGAGCCGUCCUAGACAAGUUGGCUGCUACGGAAAGCUCAGGCGAAAUCCCAACUUCGUCUGAGUUUGAAUCAUCAGCCUGCCUGCGAGGUACGAUAAGUGCCGAUUACCUCGCUGAUGGUGCUGAGGCUCUACGAUCAUCAUUGGCUGCUGACGAAGAGGCCACUCGCAAGUUAGUGGAUGCUCUCAAGAUUUUUGAUGAGAGAGAGCAAAUGACCAAGGAGUUGAUUCGCAAAGAGUUGACCCAUUCUAUCAACUAGUCACUGAUAUAGUGGAUUGUGGAUGAAUACUCUCCCUCGUCCCCUUCUUGCAAAAUGAUAGACUCCUACAGAAAACAUGUACAUGAAUAAUUCAGAUAGGGCUUGAGCAACAUAUGUGAAAACUCACUUGAGAAUCGCUAUCUGAAGCUGGGUAAACACCCUCCUGGACUUCUUCGACAUAAUCUUCGAUGGCGCUCAAAGCUUCUGUCUUAUGUUCAAUCUUCUUCCUUUCAAAGAGCCAAGGACAAUCCAGUGACUCGCAUUGAAUGGGUUCUGCCAUUGGUGUGGACUGGCAGGAAGAACAAAUAGCCUGAAUGUUU